AUGCCUAGGUAUGGUCAUGAGGACAGAGCACUGUCUUGCACUGUUUAUGUCCAGAUGGGUCAAUCCUCCUCCUCCAGCGGCUAUGUGGCUGCUCCGUACUAUCCCACGCCGCAUGGCGGUUGGAUAUCCUCAUGGGACAGCGCGUACUCCAAGGCGCAAGCAUUGGUCGAGCAGAUGUCCUUGGCGGAGAAGACCAACAUCACUGCUGGAUCGGGCUACUACAUGGGUCCCUGUGUGGGCAACUCCGGCAGCGCUCCCCGGCUGGGUUUCCCCCAGCUCUGCUUAAACGAUGGCGCCCUGGGGGUCGCCUUGACCACCAACAACACCGCGUUCCCGGCGGGGAUCACCACGGGCGCAACCUGGGACAAGGACCUGAUGCUCGCUCGCGGGGAGGCCCUGGGCGCCGAGUUCCGCGGGAAGGGCGUCAACGUCUUCCUGGGCCCGGUGGUCGGCCCCCUGGGACGGAAACCCUUGGGCGGCAGAGGGUGGGAGGGCUUCGGGACCGACCCUGUCCUCCAGGGCUGGGGCGCCUACCAGACCGUCCUGGGGGUGCAGUCGCAGGGGGUGAUUGCGACCAUGAAACACUUGAUCGGCUACGAGCAGGAGAUGUACCGCAUGACCGACAUUAUCCAGCAGGGAUACAGUUCAAAUAUUGAUGAUCGAACGAUGCAUGAGCUCUAUCUCUGGCCAUUUGCCGAGGGCGUCCGGGCGGGCGCAGGGGCAGUCAUGGCGGCGUAUAACAAGGUGAACGACUCGUCGUGCUCGCAGAACAGUUACCUGAUCAACGGCCUGCUCAAGGACGAACUGGGCUUCCAAGGGUUCAUCAUGUCGGACUGGCUCGGCCAGUACGUCGGGGUGGCCUCGGCUCUGUCGGGCCUCGACAUGGCGAUGCCGGGCGACACGAUGAUCCCGCUCAUUGGAGAGUCGUACUGGAUGUACGAGCUGACGGCGGCAGCUUUGAACGCGUCAGUGCCCAUGGACCGGCUCAACGAUAUGGCCACGCGCGUGGUGGCCGCCUGGUACCAGAUGGGCCAGGACGAGGACUUCCCCGACGUCAACUUCUCCACCAACACCGAGGAUGAGGACGGCGAGCUGUACCCGGGGGCGCUCCUCUCCCCCUCGGGCCAGGUGAACUGGUACGUCGACGUGCAAGGGAACCACAGCCUCGUCGCGCUGCAGGUGGCCCAGGAUGCCGUCACGCUGCUCAAGAAUAACGGGAGUGUCCUGCCCCUGUCCAACUCGAGCGCCCUGUUCGUGUUUGGCACCGACGCGGCCGUCAACCCGGACGGGCCCAACGACUGCGCCUAUAGGGCCUGCAACGUGGGCACUCUGGGCAUGGGCUGGGGCUCCGGGACGGCCAACUACCCCUAUUUCGACGACCCCAUCACCGCGCUGGAGACACGCGCGGAGAGCGUCAGCUUCCACAACAGCGACACCUUCCCGUCGUCAGUGACUGCCUCGGAUGCCUCGGACAUCGCCAUCGUCUUCCUCACGUCGGACUCGGGCGAGAACAGCUGGACGGUGGAGGGCAACUACGGCGACCGCAACGAGGCUGAGGAGACGCUCUGGUACUCGACCGACGCCCUGGUGACGGCCGCUGCCGCCGUGUAUGAGACUGUUAUUGUCGUCGCCCACACGGUCGGUCCGAUCAACGUCGAGGCGUGGAUCGAUCUGCCGCAGGUCAAGGCCUUUGUGGUGGCCCAUCUGCCCGGCCAGGAGGCGGGCGAGUCGCUGAUGAACGUGCUCUUCGGCGACGUCUCGCCCAGCGGCCACCUGCCCUACUCCAUCACCAAGGCGCAGACGGACCUGCCGGCCACCAUCGCCGAUCUGGAGGGGUUUUCGCUGGACCAGAUCGACGACGACUUCACCGAGACGCUGUACAUCGACUACCGCUACCUCACCGCGAACAACAUCACGCCGCGCUACGCCUUUGGCGCCGGUCUCAGCUACACGACCUUCUCCUUCACCGACCUGGCCAUCACCGCCGUCACCGAGCUGACCGAGUGGCCGCCGGCGCCCCCGGCCAAGGGGACCACGCCCGCCUACAACACCUCCAUCCCGGACUACACCGAAGCCGUGCAGCCGAGCGACUUCACGACCAUCUGGCGCUACCUGUACUCCUGGCUGAGCGAGAGCGACGCCAAGUCGGCCUACGAAGCCGGCCAGGACGGCUCGACCUACCCGUACCCAGCAGGCUACAGCGACAACCAGACGGCAGGACCGCCGGCGGGGGGCGGCCAGGGCGGCAACCCAGCCCUGUUCGACACGAUGUUCCAAGUCUCCGUCAAAGUCACCAAUACAGGGCCGACGUACUCGGGAAAAGCGGUCGUGCAGGCGUACCUUACUUACCCGGCAGGGAUCGACUACGAUACGCCGCCCAUCCAGCUGCGAGACUUUGCCAAAACGGCUACGCUGGCGCCGGGGGAGAGCACGACGGUGACCCUCGAGAUCAACCGCAAGGCGUUGAGUGUGUGGGAUGUCGAGGCCCAGAACUGGCUCAUCCCGGAGGUCGGCGGACGGUACACUGUCUGGAUCGGAGAGGCCAGUGACCUGCUUGACCAUGCCUGUUAUACAGAUACUUUGGAGUGUGGUGCUAGUUAG